AUGGAAAGAACAAAAAAAUCGAAGCAAAAGAAAAACGUUCUGUUCAGUUUUUUUGGUACCGGUACGAUGAGGAUUUUCAAAAUAAGGAGAGCGGGCCCCGUGGUUGUGAAUACUGAUGUGGACCGCGCCGUUAGAACAGAGACGGAAUUCAACAUGAGGUCCAUCAGGUUCCUCCUGGUGAUCAUCACGGCUAUGUUUGUGGUGCUAGGAACUCUGAUGAUGGUGCUGGGUAUAUCAGUAUACUCCCACUUCCAUAGCUUCUCCACAUUCUUCGAGACUGGGAUGAUCCGUAUGACGCCAUCCAUCAUGAGCGUGUUCGGUGGAGCGGUGCUAGUGAUUAUAUCCUUGCUCGGAUUAAUCGGCAGCUUGAGACUCAGCACUUGCUUGGUCAAUCUGUAUGCGUUCAUCUUGAUGCUAUUGUUCAUUUUUCAAUUAGCCAUAGUAAUAGUCUCCUUCAAUGCGGCUGGAGACCAUUUAUACAUGAAUUAUAUUGACAUUCCAGUUAAUAUGUACAGUGAUCCUGAAAUUCAACGAGAAAUAGACAUGCUGCAAAGUAGCUUAUUUUGCUGUGGCAGUUAUUCCUUCGAAGACUAUUUAGGUGUGACGUUUGGGCCCUAUCAACCAGUCGUUGUGGCAACUGUAUUACUUGCUGGAGAGUACGUCACCCUGACUUUGCCAGAAUCCUGCUGUUUCUCCGUCGUCAAUGGUCACUGUGAUCGAGUACCACAGCGGGGUUGCAAAUCCGAACUAUUCGGUGCUUUGGUACAGAAUUCCACAGUUCUCGGUAUCGUUGGAAUAUCUGUGAUACUUAUGACUUUACUCGGCAUAAUUUUUGCUCUGCUCCUGGCACGUAGUAUCCGCAAACUGAAGAGUGCAAGGGGUUUGCUCGCGUGGAGAAUUCGAGAGAGCGUUAUCGUGGCACGACAGGCUGAGGAAAAGCAGCAGCAAUCACAGCAGAGUGAAGCAAACCAAGUGCACAUCGAACCACAAUUAUCAAGCACUGCAUAA